GACUUUUGAAACAUUGGUUCAAACAAGUAUUCACGAUGUCGUUUUCAAAUUUGAGAUAUGUUGUUGCUGUCUCUGUAUUCAUCCCCAAUUUUUCAAACCCUAAUUUCCUAAUUCGUUGCUUCACUACUUCUUCUUCUUCAAGGCUAUACUCUCAAUUCCAUGAAGAUUAUAACAACAAACACAAUCUCAUUUCAUCAUUCAAUCGACUGCUUCAUCACAAGAAUCCUACACCACACAUCAUCCAAUUCAACAAAAUUUUAUCUUCCCUUGUCAAGCUCAAUCAAUACCCUACUGUUGUUUCACUUCAUCCACAAAUGGAAUUAAACGGAAUUGCUUCAGACUUGGUCACUUGCAGCAUCCUCAUCAAUUCUUUCUGUCAAUUGGGUCACAUCCCUUUUGCUUUUUCUGUUUUGGCAAAGAUUCUCAAAAACGGUUACGAGCCAGAUACCAUAACCUUCACUACACUCAUCAAGGGUCUUUGUCUCAAAGGUGACAUCCAUCAAGCAUUGCACUUUCAUGAUAAGGUUAUUGCGAUGGGAUUUCAUUUGGACCAAGUUAGUUAUGGAACCUUGAUUAAUGGCUUGUGUAAAGUUGGUGAAACAAAAGCAGCCCUUGAAUUGCUCCGACGAGUUGAUGGAAAAUUAGUUCAGCCUGAUGUGGUAAUGUACAAUACCAUUAUCGAUGGUAUGUGUAAAGAUAAACAUGUUAAUGAUGCUUUUGAUUUAUAUUCUGAAAUGGUUGCAAAGAGAAUUUCUCCUAAUGUUGUCACUUAUAGUGCUUUAAUUAGUGGAUUUUGCAUUGUUGGUAAACUGAAAGAUGCAGUUGAUUUUUUUAAUAAAAUGAUAUUGAAAAACAUCAUCCCGGAUCUGUAUACCUUUAGUAUAUUGGUUGAUGGAUUUUGUAAGGAAGGAAGGGUGAAAGAAGCUAAAAAUGUGUUAGCUAUGAUGAUGAAACAAGGCAUUAAACCUGAUGUUGUUACUUACAGCUCUUUAAUGGAUGGAUAUUGUCUAGUAAAUGAAGUGAACAAGGCCGAGAGUAUAUUCAACACUAUGUCUCAUAGGGGAGUGACUGCUAAUGCUAAGAGCUACAGUAUCAUGAUUAAUGGAUUUUGUAAGAUUAAAAUGGUGGAUGAAGCCAUGAAACUUUUCAAAGAAAUGCAUCACAAACAAAUUUUUCCUGAUGUGAUAACUUAUAGUGCCCUUAUCGAUGGAUUGUGCAAAUCAGGGAGAAUCUCAUAUGCUUUGCAGCUUGUCGAUCAGAUGCAUGAUAGAGGUGUAGCACCUAAUAUAGUUACUUACAAUUCUAUAUUAGAUGCUUUAUGCAAAACCCAUCAGGUUGACAAAGCAAUUGCAUUGUUAACGAAAUUCAAAGACCAGGGUAUUCAACCAAGUGUGUACACAUACACUAUUCUUAUUGACGGAUUGUGUAAAGGUGGAAGACUAAAGGAUGCACGGAAUAUUUUUGAGGAUCUUUUAGUCAAGGGCUAUAAUAUAACUGUCAACACAUAUACCGUUAUGAUUCAAGGGUUUUGUAGCCAUGGCUUGUUGGAUGAAUCAUUGGCUUUGCUGUCAAAAAUGGAAGAAAAUGGUUGCAUUCCAGACGCCGUUACUUAUGAAAUAAUCAUCUGUUCUCUAUUUGAUAAAGAUAAAAAUGAUAAGGCAGAGAAACUUCUUCGUGAAAUGAUUACGAGAGGCCUAUUGUAAGACUGAAACUAGGGUUUUGUGACAUGGGCUUGUUCAACGAAGCGUUGACCUUGCUAUCAAAAAUGGACGACAAUGGCUGCAUUCCAAAUGCUAAAACUUAUGAAAUAAUUAUCCCUUCACUAUUUGAAGAAGAUGAAAAUGAUAUGGCAGAGAAAUUUCUUCGUGAAAUGAUCGUGAGAGGUCUUUUUAAAGAUUAACACUUUCUAAGAUGAUUUUCUAUUCAUAUAUUAUCAUUAAAUUUAUAUUUCAUCAUUGUUGCAUAAUUUCAUUUAUGUACUUGCCUCACCUAAUGGGGAAUAUACUCUUCAUUUUUUUUAUUGUUGUAUCUUUUGUUAAGUGUGUUUUUCAAAACCUUAUAGAUGUUGUGUAUCUGUCAUUAGUCUUUCUGACUAUACUGCUGGCAAGUACUGAAUGUUACCGUGGUGCAUUGUUUAAGAUUGUGAAAAGCUGUUGACCCUCAUUAUUUGAAGAUUUGGAUGUUAGUUUUCCUUUCUGGAUUGAAUUAAAUUUAUUUAUUUAUCACGGGUGGUUUGAAUGAGUUGCCUUAACAAUUGAUUUGAUUGCUAUAAGAAUAUGGUAGCUUGUUCUAUGUCUAGUUAAGUGAAAUUGAACUUGGCGGUAGAAGGCAUGUUUGUGAGGUGAAUAAGGAAUAGUUUUUUACAAUUAGUGAUCUGAUUUUGACUAGGCACGGAAAGUGAGGUGAUGCAUGGUUGGACACCUAAUAAUGAAGGUUAUAUUUUCGUCUGAUCCAUGUAGCCGACCCCGCUUAGUAGGAUAAGGCUUGGUUCUUGUUGUUUAGAAUCUCAUAACAUACUCUGUUUUUGUUUUUUUUAAGGUUAUAUAUACUUUGAUUACUUUAAAAAAAGUAAAAGAAAUGCAGAGAUGGUAGAGUUUUAGGAAACAACAUUCAUUUUUAUUAGUGUUGUUACUAUGCUAUUGGGUGUAACAGCUUUGUAUCAUGACAAAUAUUUUGUUAAGAAACCAGCUCAAAAUUAGGAAACAGAAAAGCUCGGUUUCCAUUAUUGUCUAUAUCAAGGAUCAAAAACUGAUUGCAUUGAAAAUUUAAGGGUAAGGGGACAUAGCUUUGUAGAAUUUUAAAAGAGAAAGGUUAACUAGUAAGGGCAAUAAAUGUUCCUUCAAAUAAAUUUUUGCCUAUGUUUUUGCAUAUCCUUACUCAUUAGGACUAAGUGACUAGCAGUAAUAGUAGCAGCCACAAUCCCUUGGAGAAGGUCAUGUCAGUGAGGACUGAGGAGAUUUAGUCUAGUUUGGAAACUUGAUUUUUAGAGGGCAUGUAAGAUGGAUUAGUAUGUUGAUUCUUCAUUAUCAGUUUUAUUUUGUAUUUUAGACUACUGUAGAAAUGUUGUUUCGUUUUCCAUGAUAUCUAUGAGCACACAAAAGAUGAGUAGAUUUAGAAAAUAGUGUACGAAUUUGGUUUUACAAAACAACUUCAAGUCUUCACUUCACUGUAGUCUAUCCAUUUUGUUUAGCUUGAAUCCUGGUAUUAUUGAUAAAUGAUUUUUUUCAUAGAAAAGUGAAGCAAUCAAGAAACCAAUAUGGCUCUUUGAGAUAUUUUCUCAUUUUUCAGUCUCUGUUUCUUUCCUUUAAUUCCUAAAACUAAAAUCCUAUUAUUUGAAUACUUUUAACAAUUUGCAGGCCUUUGUAGGAACUGAUUAUGAUAUUGUACGUCACCUAACAAUUUAUGUGCUUGACUCUGACUGAGAAAAUUAUAUAGUAAUAAUAUAUUUUG